AUGGAGCAGAACAAAGACCUCUGUCCAAGUUGGAAUUUGUGCAAUGAAAUUGCGGAUAUUGCAUUGCAAUCGGAUCAUUGUGAACUUGCCUUUUUUUCCCUGCAAUUCAUGGCGAGAUGGAUUGCUCGCGGGGAGAUUGAAAGGCCACCUCUUCUGUGGCCCGUCGAUCAUGGUCUAAUUGUUUCUGCACUUGCAACUGCUGGUAGAACAUAUAAUCCCAAACUCUUGGAAGCUUCGUGGUCCAUCCUAAAGCGAACAUCACGUGGAGAUACUGUCCCAAGCCCUGAAUGUUACCUUGCAAAGAUAUCUGCCUAUUCUUCUCUCGGUAACUUACCGAAGGCUUAUGGUACUCUUCGUGAAUUUGAAGCAGCUCAUGGGAAUCCCAGAGAUGAAGCUUUGCAAGAUCUAUUCUCCCCUUUUACAUCCUUAAAUCCACUGGUUGUUGCAAGCUCCAAGAAAGGUUUUGUAACUUUGGAUGAGGUUUAUUAUCAGUUAGAGAAUUUGAGUCAAGGUGACCCUCCUUAUAAGUUUGUUGCAGCACUGAACUGUAUAAUUAUGGGUUGUGGAAACAUUUGGGAUGUCGAUCGAGCGUACCAGACUUUCAACGCAAUUGAUGCUAGUUUUGGUUUGACACCGGAUAUUCAUUCAUACAACUCUCUCAUAUAUGCUUUUGGGAAGCUGAAAAAGACAGAAGAAGCUGUGAAGGUGUUUGAUCACUUUGUCAGCUUAAGUUUGAAGCCAAAUGCCACAACAUAUUCUCUGCUUGUUGAUGCACACCUGGUUACAAAAAACCAGAAAGCUGCUCUAUCAGUAAUUCAGGAAAUGGUACAGGAAGGAUAUGUACCAUCGAAGGAAUUGCUAAAAAAAGUCCGAAAGAGAUGUGUCCGGGAGAUGGAUGAUGUUACAAAUAGCAAGAUAGGAGCUUUGGCUUCCCAAUUCAACAUUCGAUUGGGUACUGAGAAUCGACGGAACAUACUAUUUAAUCUCGAGUACAGUACUGAAUCUGCCUGA